CAAGUAAAGAUGCAUUCAGCCCAACCAAACAUGAUACACAAUCACCUUAUCCUGAGGGGCGAGCUGGCUUAUAAUGGAGGCCUUCACAUCGUGGAGAAGAGCCCGGCUGGACUGAAAAGGGCUGGACAAACAAUAGGUUCAAUAGACAGAUAUCGCCUUGAGAUACACAGUAGUGAUUGAGCA